CAAAGUAAAACAGUGGCCAGUCUGAGAGGAAAACAACCUUACAGCUGCAGAAUUUUCACCAGAAGAAAACAAACAAGUAGUCCCAGAAGACUGAGAGCUCUCCUAAAAUGAUGCCUACAGCUAAAGGCAUGUCCCGAAUGAUACCCACUCACGUUCUGAGAGUGGGUCAAACUGUCCGCCUGGACUCGGCGAAUGAGACAGUCAACCAACAUCCCAGUGUCACGGAGCUCGGCGGUAACAAUGGUGACUCUGAUCUCGAUAUUUCAAUGGAUAAUCUCAACCAGCUCAUCCUAGAACUGGAUCCAACAUUUAAACCAUUUGAAGUCAACAGGAGUCCCUCGUGCAUCAGGCCUCCAACAGACGACUCAGAUGAAGAUGUCUCCCACUGCGUGUUGGUCCCUCGAGGUUGUUCUCCCUGCUCCCUGCCCACCUUGGUCCCAUCCGUGUCACCCAGUAUACCCAUCCCUACACACGGCAGUGCCAGCUGCAGUCCCCAUGGCUCACUGGUGUUCUCCAGCUCCCCUACAUCCUCCCUGCCUCCGCUGCCAUUUGGAAGUGCACCCAGACGAAAUCCUUCACAUAGACAUGACGCAACCUUUUCCCAAGGGUCCCUGCGCUUGUCACACUCAAACAGAAACAGCGCUGUCUCGCUCCUCUCCAUGUCAACAUGCUCAGACACCAGCUACAUCCUUGGCAGCAACCUGUCCCUGGCCAGUGAAGACGCUGACUCUCCAGAGUCCAUCCUCACUCGCAUGUCCAGCUCCUUCAGUGAUGGGUCCGGAACGAGGCCAUUUCAUGACGGGCACAGCCCAGACAAGCCCCCACUGUUAAGGCGAGGACAUCUACAGGAGCAUCACGGCAAAGGAGCGCAGAGCAGUCCGUCUUCGCUCUCUGGGUCUUUCAACGAUAUUCCUGUACUGCUCAUCAACGGUGAACCACAGCCGGAUCUGCACAUCCAGUCUCCUGGAACAGAAAUGGACUUGAUACAGACCACCCAUGUGUCCAACUCAAAGCCAUUUUCUCCUCACAGUUUCCAAGCCCAUUUUAAUGGCAGCCAGCCCUCAAUGAAGUUUGUCAUGGACACUUCAAAGUUUUGGUUCCGUCCACAUAUCAACAGAGCAGAAGCUGAAGCUCUGGUAAAGGAUAAGGAGGCAGGGACAUUUGUGGUGAGAGACAGCACCUCCUACAAAGGCAGUUUUGGCCUGGCUAUGAAGGUGGACCAAAUGGCCGCCAACUUCACUGCUACCACCUACCCAGGAGAGAGCAGUUCAGAUCUUGUCAGACACUUCCUUAUUGAAUCAUCCGCUAAGGGCGUGCGCAUCAAAGGCUCUUCUCAGGAACCAUACUUUGGUAGUCUCUCUGCCCUGGUUUACCAGCACACUAUUUCUGCUUAUGCUUUACCCUGCAAGUUACUACUCCACUCCCAAGAUCUGGGCGCAGCGGAAGAGAGGGCAAAUAGCAAACCAGCAUCAGAUGACAAGACUAGAACAGCUUGCAAUUUCGUCUACCUGAAUGCUGUCCCCACUGAGACGCUGACGGGCCCUUGUGCGGUGCAGAAGGCGGUGUCCUCUACAUUUGCGAAGGCCCCGGGUUCCUUCACACCAACCAUAAUCAACCUGAAGGUGUCUUUAAAGGGUGUCACACUGACAGAUAUCAACAGGAAGCUCUUCUUCAGACGCCAUUACCCCACUCACCUGCUUAGCUACAGUGGUGAAGAUCCAGACAAUCGACUGUGA